CAUCUUUAACGACGUCCCUUUAACCUCUCCGAUCACUUCACACUAAUUCCACAUUCAACGAAAGCUGUUGCAAGGACGAAGACUGAACUGAUCACAUAUUUAUUUCUCAAACGUCUUUGGUUUUAACUCGAAUCUUAUAUACAGCCCACACCGCUAGCACCCACAUUGGCAUCGUAGUAUCUCUGCCACCUUUUUGGAAAGUACCCAUAUAGCGAGGGGUUGGAUUUUUAUUGGCCUCUUUGGACUGAUCUCGGUCCUGGUGGUUUAGAUACUAUAUACGCGUGUUUGAUUCUAAAUCAUUGCCACUGAGAGAAGUUUUCAAAUGUAAUGGGUGUUACCGGAUUUGUGAAAUUAUGAUACCCCGAGGCCGGAUUUGAUUGGAAAUCGAGGUAAAGAUGCAAUCAAAGUUGAUGGCAUUGGAGGAAGGCAAGGACCCUGCCAGUUCAGUGAGAACAAAUCAAUCUAGGGCUCUGCCUUCGAGAGCCCUCCAAUUUUUCUUGAUAUUUUUGGUUCUGGGUCUUGGGGUUUCUAUUGUUAGCUUGUAUAUGAUUCGAUAUUUCAAAGUUCAGAUUGUUGCUCCGGUUGCAGAUUCCACUCUCAAGGCUUGCUUUGAAGGGCUAACCAAUAUAGAGAGCUGGAUCAGACCUCCAUCAAAUCUGUUGCACACCAUGAAUGACACUGAACUGUUGUGGCGGGCUUCAUCUGUUCCUCGGAUAAAGACUUAUCCAUUCAAGAGAGUUCCCAAGAUUGCCUUCAUGUUCUUGACAAAGGGGCAAUUGCCAAUGGCACCUCUUUGGGAGCGGUUCUUUAAGGGGAAUGAGGAUCUUUACUCGAUCUAUGUUCAUUCAUUGCCAUCUUACAAUGCCAGUUUUACACCAUCCGUUUUUUACAGGAGACAAAUCCCAAGCCAGGUGGCAGAGUGGGGAAGAAUGAGUAUGUGUGAUGCUGAGAGGAGACUCCUAGCUAAUGCUUUGCUUGAUAUCUCAAAUGAAUGGUUUGUCCUCCUUUCGGAGGCAUGCAUUCCUCUCCACAACUUCAGCAUUGUUUAUCGCUACAUAUCAAAAUCCAGGUACAGCUUUAUGGGAUCGAUUGAUGAACCUGGACCUUAUGGGAGAGGGCGCUAUGAUGAGAACAUGGCACCUGAGGUCAACCUCACUGACUGGCGUAAAGGGUAUCAGUGGUUUGAAGUAAAUCGAGAACUUGCAGUUAAGAUAAUCGAAGACACCACUUACUACCCUAAAUUCAAAAAUUUUUGCCAACCGGCAUGCUAUGUGGAUGAACACUACUUCCAGACAAUGCUGAGCAUCCAAACUCCACAUCUUUUGGCAAACAGGAGCCUUACUUAUGUGGACUGGUCAAGAGGUGGUGCUCACCCCGCUACAUUUGGCAAGGCAGAUAUCAAGGAGGAGUUUUUCAAGAAGAUUUUUGAGAGUAAGACAUGCCUUUACAAUAACCAGCCCUUGUCACUUUGUUUCCUUUUUGCAAGAAAGUUUGCCCCAAGUGCUUUGGAUCCUCUAUUGGAAUUAUCCUCCAAAGUUCUAGGCUUCUGAUAAAUGCUCGGCUUUUGAGAUGCAUGUUCUGGUGAAUGUUUGUUGGAGCGUGUAGGUUUAGCUAUGACCUAGAUUAUUAUCUUAGUAGAUCUCAGGCAUAAUAUACAUUACGUAUAUUGAGUUGUCAGUCAACUGUGGAAUUUUUGGAUGCAAGGUUUUUAUGAGAUUUUUUGUUAGUGCUGAGAUCCAUUAAAAAAUGUCUUUGAGUUUUUUUAUAAGUUAUGUUCGAAUUGAAGAAGAUUUUUAGUUA